AUGUCCGACAUUGACUACAACUCCCUCGAUUUAUCCUUUAUCCAGGUCUCGUUCGACGAUGGCAUUUUGGUCAUUGUCAACAAGGUUAACGCGCGGAAUACCUUUGUCGCGUCAUUGAUCCCAGAGCUUGUACAGGCUUUGGAAUACGCAGAUAAGGAUGACAGAGUCCGGGUCGUGAUCUUUACAGCAGAUCAUACCGCCCCUGCCUAUUGCUCAGGAGCCAAUCUAUCCGACGCAUGGCACUGGAAUGGCAUUGAUCCAGACACCAUCGCAGACCACGACUACCGGGAUGCCGCAGGCCAGGUUUCUUUGGCCGUCCUUCGAUGCCGGAAGAUCACCAUUGCAGCCAUCAACGGCAACGCAGUGGGUGCUGGUGCGACUGCCUUGCAACUCCCUUUCGACUUCCGCGUCGCAUGGGGAGGUGCGAAGAUCGCCUUCCCGUUUGCAAGCCGCGCGGUAUCGCCUGAAGGAGCCACGUCCUUCCUCCUCCCUCGCCUUCUCGGGUACUCUGCAGCGACAGCACUCCUCCUGUCGGGACAAAUAUUCCUGCCCACCCACCCCCUCCUGAACCGACUCUACUUCACCAUCCUCCCCAAACGCGAAGAUGUGCUGCCCGCAGCCUUGACAUUCGCCAGAGAACUAGCGUCCUCGACUUCGGCACCAUCCAUUGUUGCCACAAAGGCGCUGCUGCUCCACGCCCCAUCGAGCGCAGAGGAUGCUCAUAUCAUCGAGUCAUACCUUUUCAAGAAGAUGAUCACUGGGAACCGGCAUGAUCUCGUCGAGGGGACGCAGUCGUUCAAGGAAAGAAGGUCAGCAGUGUUCACUGACACGGUGGACCACAUGAAAGAGUGGGCACCUUGGUGGACGUCGCUGAAUGAAGCGCCCCGAGCGGCGAAAUUGUAG